AUGUGGCUCUCCGCGUGGUGGGCGUCGUGGGCGCUGGUGGCGUCGUCGCUGAUGCACUUUCUCACCCAUGGACCGCACUCCUUCCAGCUUCCGACGCAUGUGCGUCCGGCGCACUACGAGCUGACCAUCCUCUCGGACCUAGCGUCACUACAGUUCCAGGGCGCGAUGCAGGCCCAGCUGCAGGUCCAGGAGGCGACGCACACGAUCGAGUUCCAGGCGGGCGCGAACUUGGCCCUGAGUGAUGUGCGGGUGCGCGUCGAUGGCCACAGUAUGCUCGUCGCACCCGAUAUCGACCGCGAGCGCGAGCGCGUGCAGGUGCGUCUCGCCUCGCCGCUAGUGCCCGGCGCCGAUGUGCAGGUGCUGGUGGGCUUCCGCGCGCCGAUCGACCGGAGCAUGCGCGGCUACUACUCGUCGACGUGGGCGCACGACGGAAAGAACGGCACGUACGCCGUGACGCAGUUCUCGCCCGCGUCUGGGCGCCGUGCGUUUCCUGGCUGGGACGAGCCGGCGUUCAAGGCGACGUACACGUUCCGCAUGAUCCAUACGGCAACGACGCAGGCGCUGGGCAACAUGCCCGUGGCCCGGUCGACGAGCGUCGAUGCGGCCGCCAUGGCCUGCGCCCUGCACGCCGAUGACCUGGGCAUGCCGCUGCUCGGCACCGCACACGAGCGCUGGGUCCUCACCGAGUUCGAGGAGACGCCGCGCAUGUCGAGCUACCUGGUAGGCUGGGCGAACGGCGUGUUUGAGCACCGAAGCGGCUCGUACACGUCGCCUCUCACCGGCCGCACAGUGCCGCUGCGGAUCUACGCGACGCCCGAGUACAUCGGCCAGACGGAGCAUGGCCUGCGCGUCAUGGAGCGCGAGCUGCCCAUCUACGAGAGUCUAUUCGGCAUUGCGUACCCCCUGCCGAAGCUCGACGGGCUCGUCGUCGCGGACUUUGACGUGCAUGCGAUGGAGAACUGGGGCCUCAUCACGAGCCGCACGUCGGUGUUCGCGUACGACAAGGCGUCCGACCUGGCCGGGCUCAAGAGCGCGACGGGCACGAUAGGGCAUGAGCUGGGGCAUAUGUGGUUCGGCAAUAUGGUCACGAUGGCGUGGUGGGACAACCUGUGGCUCAAAGAGGCCUUUGCCACGCUCAUGGGCGAGGUCCUAGUCUUGCGCCGCGCCGUGCCCGAGUGGGACACGCAGAGCGACUUUGUCGCGGCGCAUGUACACCGCGCCAUGGCGCUAGACGCGAAGCGCUCGUCGCACCCCAUCGAAAUGCCACUCAACACGGAGCAUGUCGAAAAGACACUCACGCAGACAUUUGACGCGAUUCCCUACUCGAAGGGCGCGAGCGUGUUGCGCAUGCUCGCGGCGACGAUCGGCGAGCGCGUGUUUCUCGAGGGCGUCAGCGCGUAUUUGAGGGCCCACUUGUACGGCAACACUGUCACAGCCGACCUGUGGAACAGCCUCUCCGAGGCCUCUGGGCUGGACGUGCGCGCGCUCAUGUCGACGUGGACGCUGCAGCAGGGCUUCCCCGUCGUGCAGGCCCAGCAGCGCGGCUCGUUCAUUGAGCUGCGUCAGAUGCGGUUCCUAGAGACAGGUCCGCCGAUGCCGCCGGACGAUGAGACGCUGUGGCAGAUCCCGCUGGCCAUCAAGACCUGGUACGAUGAUGCAGAAGUGCAUGGCGUCAUGCUCCCUGCCCGCCGCACAUACAAGGUUCCGCUGCCACGCGGCUCGCGAUGGAAGCUCAACGCGGAUACGUCCGGGUUCUACCGCGUGCAGUACCCCCCGGACCAUCUGCGCAUGCUAGUGCAGGAGGCCAAUAUGAGUGUGGCCGACCGCAUGGGCCUGCUCAGCGACGUCGUCGCCCUAGGGGCGGCCGGCUACAUGUCCAUGACAGAGAGCCUCGAUGGCAUGGCGCUCUUUGAGCGCGAGAGCAGCGCGCCUGUCCUCCACGUCCUCGCGCAGAGCAUGGCGACGCUCGCGAGUGUGUGGUGGGAGCAGCCGGAGCAUGUGCAGGCGUCCCUCCACGCGUGGCGUGCCGACGUGUUUGGCCCCUGGGCACGCAGGUGCAUGCUCGCGCGCGACGGCGACUCUGCCGAGGAGCGGCAGCUGCGGGCGGUCGUGGUCGAUGCCGCCGGUGCGGCGGGCGAUGCGUGGACGUUGCGUGCGAUCCGCGCCCAGUUCGAGCAGCUCCAAGCGACCGACGACGACGCACACAUCCCGGCCGACCUACUGCGCCCCGUGCUGCGCGAGUCGGUGCGCCAUGGCGAUGCACAAGCGUUCGAUACCGUGUGGCGCAUCUACGAGCGCCCUCGGUCGCCGGCUCACAAGGUCGCCGCGAUGCACGCGCUGAGUGCGACGCGCGACGACCGCCGCAUCGAUACGCUGCUCGCCUUUGUGCUGGGCCCAGAGAUCAAGACGCAGGACGUGCCGAUUUUCUUUGCGGCGCUCGCGUCGAAUCCGGCCGCACGACGCCGCCUGUGGGAGAAAACCAUGGCCCACUUCGAUGCGCUCGCUGUGCGCUUCGAGCGCAACUUUUCCUUCAAGAAUGUGAUUCGCUCUGCGAUCGACAGCCUCACGCGACAUGAAGAUGCCGACGCCAUCGAAGCCUUCUUCCGCACACGCGACACAUCCACCUAUGACAUGAGCCUCGCGCAGGCGCUCGAGUCGGUGCGCGCCCAAGCACAAUGGCUCGAGCGCGGUGCGUCGGCCGUAGAAGCUUGGUGCGCCGCGCGCCGCCGCUGA